GAUCUCUUUGUCCUGUCAGGAAUGGAAAACAUUAUGUACUUCAAAGCACAUGAAGCCUGAUUCGAAAAUAUAGUUUGUGUGGCUGUGGCUAUUGGGUGGGUCUUUAAGUCACACAAGACACAUGGACGAUUUGUGUGUAAAUAGUACGGCAGGCAGCCACAAGCUAGUAAGAACAAACGGUGCUGGCGACUUUGAUAAGCCCAUUCAUAAGGAAGGAGUGUCUGUCUUUUGAGUUCCUUGGAAUAGCUGGGAGAUGAUUCCUCAUUUUAAUCAGGGUUUUCUUCCUGAACUAAACUGCAAAACCAGAGAACUCGAGUAGCUCAUUUCAUUUGCACAGAGCAGCGUUUGUUCAUUUUGAGUGUUUUUGGACAGGAAAUCGAUCUACAGGGUAACAUUCACACACACAAAAAGGAACAGUAUGGGCCGAUGGCUUGUUAGUACAAGUGACUCUGUUUUGGACAUUACGGACAAGAAGCCUUGGAGGAAGAACAGCGUUAAAGAUCAAAAGCAUGACAACUCCUGAUGAAAACAUCCCCAAAUGAUGAACCCACGAGUGAAAAGAAACGUCUACCUGGCGGCCCCUGACUUGCUGGAUCCCAAGUCUGCGGCUCAGAACGCCAAACCGAGGCUCUCGUUCUCCGCAAAACCCACCGUGCUUGCUUCCCGGGUGGAGAGUGACUCGGCCAUUAAUGUUAUGAAAUGGAAGACGGUGUCCACGAUCUUCCUGGUGGUCGUCCUCUACCUGAUCAUCGGAGCCACGGUGUUCAAGGCGUUGGAACAGCCUCAGGAGAUUUCCCAGAGGACCACCAUCGUGAUCCAGAAGCAGACCUUCAUAGCGGAGCACGCCUGCGUCAACUCCACGGAGCUGGACGAGCUCAUUCAGCAAAUAGUGGCAGCAGUAAAUGCAGGGAUUGUCCCUAUAGGGAACAGCUCCAAUCAAGUUAGUCACUGGGACCUCGGAAGCUCUUUCUUCUUUGCUGGUACUGUUAUCACAACCAUAGGAUUUGGAAACAUCUCGCCACGAACUGAGGGUGGAAAGAUAUUCUGUAUCAUCUAUGCCUUGCUGGGAAUUCCCCUCUUUGGCUUUCUGUUGGCUGGAGUUGGCGAUCAGCUUGGAACCAUAUUUGGAAAAGGAAUUGCCAAAGUGGAAGAUACAUUUAUUAAAUGGAAUGUGAGUCAGACCAAGAUACGCAUCAUCUCCACCAUCAUCUUCAUCCUGUUUGGCUGUGUCCUCUUUGUGGCCCUCCCUGCAGUCAUAUUCAAGCACAUAGAAGGCUGGAGCGCCCUGGACGCCAUCUAUUUUGUGGUUAUCACUCUGACAACCAUUGGAUUUGGUGACUACGUGGCAGGUGGGUCGGACAUUGAAUAUCUGGACUUCUACAAGCCUGUGGUGUGGUUCUGGAUCCUGGUGGGCCUGGCUUACUUUGCGGCUGUUCUCAGCAUGAUAGGAGACUGGCUGCGGGUGAUAUCUAAGAAGACAAAGGAAGAGGUGGGAGAGUUCAGAGCGCAUGCAGCUGAGUGGACAGCCAACGUCACGGCUGAGUUCAAGGAGACAAGGAGGCGACUGAGCGUGGAGAUCUACGACAAGUUCCAGCGCGCCACGUCGGUGAAGCGGAAGCUCUCGGCAGAGCUGGCAGGCAGCCACAACCAGGAACUGACUCCUUGUAGGAGGACCCUGUCUGUGAACCACCUGACCAGCGAGAGGGAAGUCCCACCCCCCUUGCUGAAGGCUGAGAGCAUCUACCUGAAUGGUCUGACACCACACUGUGCUGGGGAAGAGAUAGCUGUCAUUGAGAACAUGAAGUAGCCCUCUUGAAAGAAUCUGAGGUGCGGCCGUAGGGGAGGAGGGCUUCUCUAGGCUCCUUGGGACUGUUGCUGGUAGCAUUUGAACAUUGUGCAUUAUUAUGAGCUCAAAGGGAAAGCAGAUAGAUACGCCCAUCUGGUCACCUUACAUCCAGGGAGUGUGGAGUCCUAAGACAGCACUCUGAGGAGGCUUAUGAGCUGUCCACCGAGUGGCAAGUGAUGGACAGGCAGUGUCCGAUACUUUUUUGUGCCCAGACUGUUUCCCUCCCCCUCUUUCCUAACAUGCCAUAUGGCCUCUGAAUGAAUUGGAACACUUUGGUAAGUCACAUAGCUUGGAGGAUCAGCCCUCGGUUUUUCAGGGCUCACCUAACUAAGCCUGGAUGCUGGCCACUUAGGGAUGACAACAUUUCUUUUUGUAAAUGGCAAGAAAUUCUUACACAGCCUUUUACCUAAGAAAUUUUCUGUCAGUGCCUUAUCUUAGGAAGAAACAAGACCCUCUCUGGUGGUCUCGUGGUUUCCCCUUCCUGUCCUCACCCUGGGCUUGCCCCUGCUGGCUCUCACCCCUCUGAUCCCCUUGGCAUACCUUAGCAUGCUGGAAGCAAUGUGUAGCUUGACAGAAGAAACAGAUGCCAGCCGAGGGCACAGAAGCUCUGGCAUCACAGACACUGCAGAGAAGGGCGGUCAGGGAAGGCCCCUCGGAGUAUUUAUUUGACUGGGGUACCAAUGGUACAUAUAUAUA